GUCAUAAUGGACCGUUUGAAAGUCCAAGCAAGAGAGAAACUUUUGACCUAAAACUAAAAUGGUAUUUAAAAUUUCCCCUGUUUUGAUCCGUUGAAGUGGGAAGAGGGCGGGAGCUGAGAGAAAUGAAGAACAAGGAAGAUGGGUGCAUUUUGCUUCUUAUUGGCGCUCUUAGAAAGUGAAAAACUUGAGCUCUCGACUUCCCUAAUCUCCAUAAUGGUUCAGUUAAAUGUGGAAGAAUAGGCUGCAGCCUGCAGGGAGGGAUGUUCUCAUUUGUGAUUACCAACGCUCUUAAACAGUUAACAAGAAGCAUUAGCAACUUCGUAAGUUCUUCAAUCUCAAUGCCUCCUCAACCACCGUCUAUUCCUUCUUUCAAGCAAACUCUGCUUAAUCGAAUCAAGAACUGUUCCACCAUUAACGAACUGGAUGGUAUAUAUGCUUCCAUGAUCAAAACUAAUGCAACCCAAGAUUGUUUUUUGGUGAAUCAGUUUAUUAGCACGUCUUUGGCUUUUAACUCUGUCGAUUACCCAGUUAUAGCCUUUACCCAGAUGGAAAAUCCUAAUGUUUUUGUGUACAAUGCGAUGAUUAGGGGAUUUGUAUACUGUGGGUACCCAUUUGGAGCUUUACAAUGUUAUGUACAUAUGUUAGAAGAAGCGAAGGUUUUCCCAACUAGUUAUACAUUUUCGUCACUAGUUAAAGCUUGCACCUUUAUGUGUGCAGUUGAGUUGGGACGGAUGAUUCAUUGUCACAUUUGGAAGAGUGGGUUUGAAUCCCAUUUGUUUGUUCAAACUGCUUUGAUUGAUUUUUACUCGAAUUUGGAGAGACUUAGUGAGGCGAGAAAGGUGUUUGAUGAAAUGCGUGAAAGAGAUUCUUUUGCAUGGACUACUAUGGUUUCUGCUCUAGCUCGUGCUGGAGAUAUGGAUUCGGCUAGGAAGUUGUUUGAGGAGAUGCCUGAAAGCAAUACUGCAACUUGGAAUACCAUGAUUGAUGGCUAUGCAAGAUUGGGAAAUGUGGAGUCUGCAGAGUUUCUGUUCAAUCAGAUGCCAGUUAGGGAUAUUAUCUCCUGGACAACCAUGAUCACUUGUUAUUCUCAAAACAAGCAAUAUCAAGAAGCGCUGAUGAUUUAUAUUAAGAUGAGACUGAAUGGGAUAAUUCCUGAUGAGGUAACAUUGUCAACUGUUGUUUCAGCUUGCGCUCACGUUGGAGCUCUUGAACUAGGAAAAACGAUACAUCAUUAUGUAAUGUCUCAGGGGCUUAAUCUUGACGUUUAUAUUGGAUCUGCAUUAGUUGAUAUGUAUGCUAAGUGCGGGAGUUUAGAUCGGUCACUUUUGGUUUUCUUCAAAUUGAUGGAUAAAAAUUUAUAUUGCUGGAAUGCUGUAAUUGAAGGGCUUGCUGUUCAUGGUUAUGCGGAGAAGGCUCUGAGGAUGUUUGUUAUCAUGGAGAGGGAGAAGAUCGGGCCCAAUGGUGUUACCUUUAUUAGUAUAUUAAGUGCUUGCACACAUGCUGGGUUAGUUGAAGAAGGCAGAAGUAGAUUUUUGAGCAUGACUCGUGAUUAUGGCAUUCGUCCUGAAAUUGGACACUAUGGUUGCAUGGUUGAUAUGUUGAGUAAGGCAGGAUUUCUCGAUGAAGCGUUAGAAUUGAUUAAAAGUAUGGAAUUUGAGCCAAACUCUAUCAUUUGGGGAGCCUUGUUGAAUGGAUGCAAGCUUCAUGGGAACUCUGAGAUUGCUAAAGAUGCUGUUCAACAGUUGAUGAUUUUGGAACCCAUGAGUAGUGGGCAUUACAAUCUUUUGGUUAGCAUGUAUGCUGAAGAAAAGGACUGGAUGGAGGUUGCCCAUAUCCGAGCAAUGAUGAAAGAACAAGGAGUAGAAAAGAAAUAUCCCGGGUCAAGUUGGAUUGAAUUGGAUGGGAGAAUUCAUCAAUUUUCAGCUUCAGCUGAUUCUCACCCUGAUUCUGAUGAAAUAUACUUCUUACUGACAGAACUAGAUGGACAGCUGAAGCUAGCUGGUUACAUACUCGAGCCUCCAGUAUGCUGUAAUGCUUUGGUUUGUUGAGAGGAAAUUUGACCUACAUUAAUUGAGGGCAUGGUGAGAUCGUAUGUUAUUUGCCUAUCAAUCACUUCAGCUUCACUGAUUAAGGUAGAUUGAAGGGAGAAAUCUUGAGGUCAAGUGCUAAAUGACAAAGCUGGGCUACUAUAAGAGUUCACAAUUAUUCAAAUCAAGGCUCAAAUUAGCCUCAUUAAGAGCCAUGUUAUCAAAAGGAGGGACAGUGACUAAAUUUAUAACGAGAUAACAUGCCGCUAUCCUACCACCGAAGCAGACUUAGUGAAGUGAUUUGAUCGAACAACCCCAGCUAAUGGAUAUCCUGUAACAGGUCAGUCCUUUUUCCUUCUUUGUACACAACACAUUCGUAUAUUUCAACUACACACAUGAUCAUAGUGUCUGCAUUAUGCACUUCAGACUCUACACGUAUAAAGUCAUUCAGGACAAUAAAUUGCCAAUACCUUUGAAUCAUGUUAUAAGAUUUUCAAAACCUCCAACUCUUCCUCCAGAUAUCUAAGGUUGGAAUGUCGUGGGGAAAAGAAUACUCCUUAGUUUCUUCUUUUAGGUCCCGUUUGGUAACCAUUUUGUUUUUAGUUUUUGUUUUUGAAAAUUAAGUCUUUGGACAUUACUUCUACCUCCAAAUUUCUUCCUUUGUUAUCUACUUUUCACCAAUGGUUUAA